AUGCGGAUAGAUUUUAUGAUUUUCGUCUUUCACCUCUUUUGUAUAUGGACGGGUUUCUGUGAGAGCGAACGGCCGUUUAUCGAGACGAAAUACGGGAAAAUUCAAGGAUUCGAUUACGAGAGAAGUGAUGGAAAGCUCUCCGAAGUCUUCCUUGGAAUCCCCUUUGCUAAGCCACCGAUUGGCGAGCUGAGAUUCGAGAAACCCCAAGCUCCGCUACGAUGGGAAACUGUGCUGAAUGCGUCUGCUUACGGAGCUUCGUGUCCACCGCACAAUGAAACAGUGCCCGUUCCACCGUACUCCGAAGAUUGUCUCACUCUUGGAAUCACUCGCCCAAAGGAUUCGUCUUUGUAUCAAGAAGGAUCAGAAAAGUUGCCCGUUCUCAUUUGGAUCCAUGGAGGUGGGUACUCGAUUGGAUCCACUUCACUCUAUCCAUAUAAAGGUCUAGCCAACAUCUACAACCCUAGCAACAUCAUCGUUGUACAAAUUCAAUACCGGCUUGGAUUCUUAGGAUUCUUUUCCGAUGGCUCAACGAGUUUACCCGGAAAUUUAGGCAUUUGGGAUCAACUUGAAGCCAUCAAAUUCACUCGAGAAGUCAUUGAAAGCUUUGGAGGAGAUAAAGAAAAAAUCACGAUUUGGGGUCUUUCGGCUGGUGGUGCCUCUGUGUCACAACUCGGAUUAACUCCAUACUCUAAAGAUCUCUUUCGAUCGAUGAUCGCGAUGUCCGGUGGAGCAACGAUGAAUUGGGCGUUCAGUGAUAACGUUUUUCAUCAUUCCAAAGCGAUCGCUGAAGAGAUUGGAUGUGAUUCUGGAGCGAACUUGAAGAACUGCUUGAAGCACACGUCGCUAGAGACUUUUUACAAAGCUGUGCAGAAAUUGGGAAGUAGCGAUCCGGGCCUUGACAUUCUGAAAUGGCAUCCGAGAAUCGAUAGAGAUCUCUUCCCGAGUAGACCUGAAGAGUUGAUAAAGAAAGCCCCAAAACGUCCGCAAAUUAUGGGCGUCUCGCUGAAAGAAAGCCUCUUUUUCGUUGUAGUUGUGCUCGGAUGGACGAGAUCCAUUCAUAAAUUGGAGGUGAAUCGCGACGAUUUCGACGCAUACGACAAGAAGCGAUUCGAGCAGUUUAUCAGGGAUCAUGUGGCUAAGGAGGAGUUCUUUGGGGCAAAGAAGGAGAAAGCUUUCGAGAGAAUCCUUGCCGAGUACACGAAAGGAGAAGAAAACGCUCAGAAAUCGUUCUAUUUGGAAAUGUAUGCAAAGCUUCUCUCCGAUAUUCAUUUCAACGUCGGUUUGGCUAGAGAGGCAUCGCUUCGAGUGGAGAAUCAUCACCCCACCUAUGUCUAUUUAACAGAACAUUUCAAUUCUGUUCUCUAUCCAGAGAAUACACCUGUUACUGGUGCCACUCAUGUCUGUGAGUAUCCCUAUAUUCUCGAAAUGUUUACCCUUGGGAAAUUCACGAUUAAAGGAGAUCCAGUCGAGGAGAAAGUUGAGAAAACAUUUCAACAAUCGAUCAUCGAAUUCGUCAAGACAGGUGUCCCGAAGACAGAGAUUUCCCCAUGGCCAGCAUCAUCUGAAUCAGAAAUCUCAUCUCUUCCCUAUCUCCAUAUCACUUCAAAUCCUCAUCUUUCGACGAAUUUCUUCAAAAAAGAACUCAAAUUCUGGGAUGAUAUGCAGAAAGAAUUCGGCUAUGAUUUGAUUCGAUUUUUGCGAAUUUCUGAAGUAAAAGAAGAAGAAAAAGAAGAAGAAAAAGAAGAAUUA